ACACACACACCAUAUGUGAAUACUUAAUACAUUGCUUUCUUGCGCUGCAGAGAAGGAUAGCUGCCAUGCUACGGGUUCCUUACCAAUUUUGUGUGAUGUUUUAGCGCUGAUCUUAACUCUUUUUUUUGUUGUAUACAUACAUUUUCCCCCAUAAUUUCCUAUCAACAAAAACAACUUCUGGACAUCAGUGAUCACUAACCUCGGUUUGGAUAAAGAAUUCUACUUCAACGAGUUGGCGGCUGAGGAUGUUCAUAUCAGACCAAAGAACAGAACUCUGCGGGACAGAAUUAUAGAACAUAUCAGACCAAAGAACAGAACUCUGCGGGACAGAAUUAUAGAACAUAUCAGACCAAAGAACAGAACUCUGCGGGACAGAAUUAUAGAACAUAUCAGACCAAAGAACAGAACGCUGCGGGACAGAAUUAUAGAACAUAUCAGACCAAAGAACAGAACUCUGCGGGACAGAAUUAUAGAACAUAUCAGACCAAAGAACAGAACUCUGCGGGACAGAAUUAUAGAACAUAUCAGACCAAAGAACAGAACGCUGCGGGACAGAAUUAUAAAACAUAUCAGACCAAAGAACAGAACUCUGCGGGACAGAAUUAUAAAACAUAUCAGACCAAAGAACAGAACUCUGCGGGACAGAAUUAUAAAACAUAUCAGACCAAAGAACAGAACUCUGCGGGACAGAAUUAGUUGUGAUCUGCAUGUCCACAGUAAGAAGUCAACAAGCCUUUAGCCCUACAAGUGUCACUCAGAACACCUACUACGUGACUAAUCUGCUCUCAAACAGCAGCCAAUCGGUUCCUCGGUUCCCUCACGACGUCACUGAGGGCCCCUCGUUGAAACUGACCGCGACCUGAAGAUGAUAGAGGAACGUGAGGCGAGGAGGACAACGUCCCGAAAAACAAGGACAAGGAAUCUCCUCCAAUAAAAAUGUUGAAUUCGCUCACAUUACUCCUGGAAAAAGUGUUCUUCCUCACUCACCUCAAUGCCUUCCGGCCCAGUUUGUUGUUUUCAGACACAGACAGAGCGAGGGAGAAGAAGAGAGUUACACAUCACUGCGAGAAUGAGGGGUGGAGAGAGAGAGUCCCGGAUACCUCCGCCGGGGCCGCACUCCCAGAGUCCAUAUACCAACGGGGAGACUUGCUAGAAGUGCCCCGGACUCUAUUCACUCAUUUUGGCAUCUAUUUAGGAGACAACCGGGUGGCCCAUCUGAUUCCGGAUAUCUUGCCACUCUUUACAACGGACAAGCGUUCAAUCCAGGCGAUGGUAACAAACAAACGCUUAGUUCUCGGAGUUUUAUCCAAGAGCGCCAGCAUUCGGGUGGAUACCGUUGAGGACUUUGCGUAUGGAGCAUCAAUUCUUCUGAACGCUAUGGACACUACCGUGCAGAAACGACCGUUGGAUGGCGAAGAGAUCGCGAGUAGAGCGGAGAAACUGGUUGGGAAGAUACCGUACAGCUUGCUUUGGAAUAACUGUGAACAUUUCGUUACUUAUUGCCGGUAUGGCAUUGCAAUCAGCAUUCAGACUGACAAGUUCUGUGAUUGGCUGAAAUCUGUCAUCCGGGAUCACAGGAGUGUUCCGCUGACGGCGUUCCUGGGAAUUCUGUCUGUGGUCUAUCUAGGAAUGUCGUCCUACACCGCCAUACCCACCCUCCUCAUCCCCUUCACCCUCUGGAUGGCUGGCUGAUUCUGGACUUGGAAUGAUGGAAUUGUAUAAUAUGUAUUGAAGUGUAUGUGCUGUGUUUUAAAUGGCUCCAGAAAUGGGCAGCAAUGACAGCAUUAUGACAGCAUUAUGACAUCACUAUGACAGCAUAAUGACAACAUAAUGACAACACUAUGACAGCAUUAUGACAACAUAAUGACAACACUAUGACAGCAUAAUGACAACAUAAUGACAACACUAUGACAGCAUAAUGACAGCUUUAUGACAGAAUUAUGACAUCACUAUGACAGCAUAAUGACAGCAUUAUGACAUCACUAUGACAGCUUUAUGACAGAAUUAUGACAUCACUAUGACAGCAUAAUGACAUCACUAUGACAGCAUAAUGACAGCUUUAUGACAGAAUUAUGACAUCACUAUGACAGCAUAAUGACAACACUAUGACAGCAUAAUGACAACACUAUGACAGCAUAAUGACAGCACUAUGACAGCAUAAUGACAACAUUAUGACAGCACUAUGACAGCAUAAUGACAACACUAUGACAGCAUAAUGACAACAUUAUGACAGCAUAAUGACAGAAUAAUGUUACACUACUCAGAACACUUAAAUACCGGUCAUUAACAGUUUCUGUACCCAUCUCUAACCAUGAACACUUUGCACAGAAUGUAUUUUUCACAUCGUAACAACUUUAUACUGUAUUUUUUAUGUAAAUAAAUACCUGUACAUUGUA